UAUAAAAAGGUGAGUGAGAGCCUAGUCGAUACUCAUUCUACGACAACCCGCCUCCGAAUACUCAACGAUCAAUACUUCUCAGAUAUCUUCAUCAUGAAGUGUUUGUUAGUUGCCUCAGCUGUGCUCUUGCUGGCUGCCUUUGCGAAUGCUGGCGGAUACGGCCACGGUCACGGUGGUCAUGGGCAUGGCGGCUAUGGGCAUGGCCACGGUGGAUUCGGCCACGGGCAUGGCCACGGACAUGGACAUGGUGGAUAUGGCAAAGGAUAUGUUGUUCCCAAGAAGCACUACGGAGGAGGGAAGUCUAACCAACAUUUCCACUUGUCAGGUCCUUAUGGCUAUGGUGGCUAUGGACAUGGUCAUGGAGGUUUUGGACACGGUCAUGGUGGCUAUGGGCACGGUCAUGGUGGAUAUCACUGAAUGUUGAGUAUAUCUCAGUCUGGAUCUUCAUUUCCUUUUGUGAUUCUCAGCCUGUUAUUGAUGUCAUAGAUCUAUUUUAUUUUGAUAAUUUAUUGAGCUACUUAUUUACAAAUGCAUUUUUUGGAUACAUCAUUUACAUAUUCCAUUUAGAACCCUGUAAGAUACAUACUUUUAUGAAUGAGUAAACGAAAAAAUCAAUAAA